AUGCACUUUUCAACAAUCAUUUCUGCUUCUGCCUUUGCUGGUCUGGCGACUGCUUCUCCGUCGUUCUUUCGAAGAAAUCCUCCUGCUGAGGAGGCUGCGCCCGUGGCGUGCGAGCCGGUCACUGUUCAUGAGACGGUCCAUGAGACGGUGCAUGUGACGAUACCUGGGGAGGUUGUUCAUGAGACGGUUCACGAGACUGUUCAUGUGACUGAGGUUGUGCACCAGACCGAGACGGUGCAUGCGACCGUGACGGAGGUUCAGCAUGUUUCUGUUGAGAAACCAGUCACAGUCAUCGAGACUUCGAUCGUCCACCAAGAAGUCGAGAAGCCUGUUACAGUCAUCGAAACGGUUCACCAAACGAUCGAGCAACCCGUUACUGUAGUUGAGACUUCUGUUGUUCACCAGACAGUUGAGCAGCCUGUUACAGUCAUUCACACCCAGCCCGUCGAAGUCGAGGUCGAAAAGCCAGUCACAGUUAUCGAGACUGUCCACCAAACGAUUGAACAACCAGUUACAGUUGUUGAGACAUCUGUUGUACACCAGACCAUCGAGCAACCUGUCACAGUCAUCCAUACCCAACCGGUCGAGGUCGAGAAGCCUGUUACAGUGGUUGAGACCUCAGUGGUUCAUCAGACAAUUGAACAGCCAGUCACCGUCGUUCACACUGUACCUGUUGAGGUUGAGAAACCUGUAACAGUGGUUGAGACUUCUGUCGUGCACCAGACAGUUGAACAACCUGUCACCGUCAUCCAUACACAGCCCGUGGAGGUUGAGAAGCUCGUCACAGUGAUUCACACCCAGCCAGUUGAAGUGCCAGUUCAGGUACCAGUUACAGUCAUUCACACUCAACCAGUCGAGGUACCUGUUGAGAAGCCCGUGACUGUCAUCCAUACAUCCGUGGUCGAGAACAUAGUGGUCCAUACUUCAGUGGUCGAAGUCGAGAAGCCUGUCAAUGUCGAGGUACCCGUCACAGUUGUGCACACUCAAGUCGUUGAGAAGCCGGUUCAGCAGAUCCACACUGUUGAAGUUGAGAAACCCGUCGAGGUUGUUCACACGGUUGAGGUAGAGAAGCCCGUGCAUGUCACUGUGAUCCAGACAGUCACCGAGCACGUCGCUGCUCAACCCACUGCUCAUCCCGUGGAGGCUCCUCAAGAGCAUCCUGUCGUGGUCAUUGAACAGCCCGAGCAUGAAGCACCAGCCCACGAAGCGCCCCCCCAUGAAACAGUCGUCGUGGAGGCGCCUGCAGCGCCUCACGAGACCGUUGUAGCUGAGCAUCCCGCCGCGCCUCCAGCUCACGAAACACCAGUUGUCGUCGAACACCCUGCUGCGCCUGUAGCACCAGCUCAUGAGACGUCUGUCGUCGUAGAGCACCCAGCAGCACCAGUCGCGACAAUGGGCCACGAAGCGCCUGCUGCCGAACAUCCUGCUGCACCAAUAGCGACCAUGGCGCACGAGGCUCCAGCAGCUGAGCAUCCGGCUGCACCUCAACCCGCGGAGCCUCAUGAGGGUGCAGGAGAGAUGCCUAUCGCCGAAGCGGAAGCCCUACAGCAUCCUGACAUCCCUGUCCUUCUACCCUCUGGCGGAGUGUCGGGUAAGAAUGCUACAGUGGCGCCGACAUAUCCUGGCCGUCGCGCUAUUGUCCGCAGAUGGUGA